AUGUCGCGCAUUACCGCUCCCGUCGCAAAGCUCACCCGCUCCAUCAACUCGGCCGCCACGGCCAACCGCUCCAGCGGCCUCCUCGAGUCCCACUACAACGUCAACCACGGCGCCGUCCUGAUGCCAAAGUACGCAGAGCUCCUCCAGAACCGGAGCACCCGCGAGCACGACUCCGCCCGCACCCUAAGCACAACCCACCGCCCAACCCCGCAACCAACCCGGACCUCCCCGUCCGUCCGCCAAAUGCAAACCUUCUCCUCCUCGGCCGCAACCUCUUCCGCAACCACCGCCGGCGGAAUGGACUUCACAACCCUCCCCCUCUCCUACGACCCCGCCCCCAGAAACGAAUUCGCAGGCAUGCGCAUGCCCCUCCUCCCAGACUCCUUCACCACAAAACACCAGUCUCUCUACGAGCAAACCUCCUCCGCCGCGGCCGCGGCCGACGCCCUCCCGCUCAGCAAGCCCGAAAUCUCAAUCAUUGCAGCACACCCCGAAAACGUCACCACCGCGGCGGCCUUGACUGAGAUUGAGGGCUUUGGUGUAGAUGGCGUCGAGCUGAAGUGGGCUCACGACAGCGAGGCCGCUGCUGAGGUUGAUGCGCACCAGCCUGGUUUGAGAGAUUUGUGGAAGGGUCUUGUUGAUAACGUUGUUGGGUCGUCGCAGAAGCCUGCUUUCUAA